AUGACCAGUAAACCUUCCCAGAGCGCUGGGUACGUGAUGCAGGAUUACCUGAAUGAUUCUGUAGGAGCCAGCCUAAUUCUGGAGUGGAUGGUGAUGACUCAGUGGUGUGAUGAAAGAUUCAACUUCCAAACUACGUUUUUGCAGUGCUUGGCAAAACACGUGCCAAAUAUUUACUCAGCUGAAAUGGACCCCUUGCUGGAGAAACAAGAAGAAAUGGUCCAGGCAGCAAUAUUAUACCCCCUGGAAUGUUAUUUGUUUGGGGAAGACCCAGAUAUAUUCCUGGAGAAGCUACAACAGAGUGGAACCUCCCAGCUCUGUGGGAAGGUGUUCAAAGGAGGGGAGACAACAUACUCUUGCAGAGACUGUGCAGUUGAUCCAACUUGUGUACUUUGUAUGGACUGCUUCCAGAAUAGCAUUCACAAGAACCACCGGUACAAGAUGCAUAGCUCCACUGGGGGUGGAUUUUGUGACUGUGGGGAUACAGAGGCAUGGAAGGCUGGACCGCUCUGUACUAAACAUGAGCCUGGAGCCUUGGGUUCUGCAAAAGAAAAUUCUGAAUAUCAGUUGAAUGAAGAAAUUAUGGAGCACUCUAGGAGGGUAUUUCCCUCUGUGAUAAAAUACAUUGUAGAUAUGCUUAUAUGGGAAGAAGAGAAGGAGCUGCCACCAGAGCUCACAAUUAGCAGAGAGAAGGUAGACAGCUACUACUGUGUCCUUUUCAAUGAUGAACAUCAUUCUUACGAUCAUGUCAUCUAUAGCCUGCAAAGGGCACUUGGCUGUGAACUUGGUGAAGCCCAGUUGCAUACUACUGCCAUAGAUAAAGAGGGUCGUAGAGCUGUUAAGGCAGGACAUUAUGCUUCUUGUCAGGAAGCAAAAGAAGAAAUCAAGAGGCAUUCUGAAAAUGUUUCUCAACGAGCACUUCAUGUGGAGGUUCUGCAUGCUGAUGUUAUGGCUCACCAGAAGUUUGCCCUGCGUCUUGGUUCUUGGCUGAACAAACUCAUGAGCUAUUCAAGGGCAAGGAAGGUUCUUCAUGAACUUAUCUUCAGUAGUUUUUUCAUGGAAAUGCAAUACAAAAAACUUUUUGCUGUGGAAUUUGUGAAGUAUUACAAGGCAUUGCAAAAAGAAUACAUCAAUGAUGAUCAUGACAGAGUUCUCUCUGUGACAGCACUCUCAGUUCAGAUGUUCACCGUACCUACUCUGGCCCGACAUCUUAUUGAAGAGCAAAAUGUAAUCACCACCAUUACAGAGACACUCCUAGAAGUGCUUCCAGAGUACCUAGACAAAAAUGACAAGUUCAACUUCCAAGGUUACAGUCAAGACAAACUGAACCGGGUAUAUGCAGUAAUAUAUGACCUCAGGUAUGUCUUAGUCAGCAAGCCUACGUUAUGGACAGACCGUCUGAGGGAGCGGUUUUUAGAAGGAUUUGUUUCUUUCCUAAGGAUUCUAACUUGCAUGCAGGGAAUGGAGGAGAUAAAAAGACAGAUUGGUCAGCACAUUGAGGUGGACCCUGACUGGGAAGCAGCUAUUGCUAUACAGAUGCAGCUCAAGAACAUUCUUUUGAUGUUCCAGGAGUGGUGUGCCUGUGACGAAGAGCUGUUGCUUAAGGCAUACAGGGAAUGUCAUAAAGCUGUGAUGAGGUGCAGCACAAAUGGCCGCUCACGGGAAAAGACAGUGUUUCACUUGUGUGGCCAUACUCUGGAGAGCAGACCUUACAGAGUGUCUGCAGAUCCUGUCAGCAUACAUUUACCCCUGUCUAGGACUCUUGCAG